UUCUACUUGCAGAGAACUGCUCCUGCUCUCCUACUUUUUUUCUUUGCUUUCCCUUUUUCACUUCCAAGUUCAAAUUCAAAUUAGUGCAGCUUGUUUUGUGGUUGGUUGUCUAUAAUGAGUAGUUGUUCUGUUUGAGCUAUGAUUGCCUUUGACAGUCUUUGAUUAAUUAAAUAACUGGAUGAAAUGGCAAUUGGGAUGCUGUUCAAUUAAUUUUUGAAAUUAUUUUAUGCCGGAAACGAGUUUUUAUAUCCUUGUUCUUUCUUUUAUUUGUUUAUUCAGUAGGGAUGCAUGUGUGAGUGAGAUCAUGAUUUCAUCCACAAGCCUCUCCCUUUUCUAAAAGUUUUGUGCCAGUCUGUUCCCUCUAAUUUUAAAUUCCUGGGCUCUGGUUGCAUUUCACAGGAAAUAUUGUCAUAGUUAAGAAAACUGUAAUUGUUAUGCACACUUGUUUCAUCCAUUUGAUUUGUACUGAAUUAUAUUGGUUAGUAUUCUGAGAUGUCGAUGACCUGAUUCUCUGAACUUUGGCGAACUAUGACAGGCAAGGAGGGCCUUAAGGGCACUUAAAGCACUGGUGAAGCUUCAAGCUUUGGUGAGAGGCCACAUAGUGAGAAAACAAUCGGCAGACAUGCUCAGGCGUAUGCAGACACUGGUCCGAGUACAAGCCCGAGCACGUGCAAGUCGAACACUCAUGUCAGACUCACUACAUUCUGGCAGAAAAUCCUCCCUAUCUCACCACCCUCUCCCAGAAAGUCCUGACAAAAUUGGAUACCAACCCCGUGCUUGUAGCAGCAAAUUUGAUGGACCCUCAAUACUGAAGAGAUGCGGUUCAAAUUCAAAUGUAAGGGAUGUCGUAAAUCUAGACAGAAGACGGCUGGCGUCAGGUUGGUUAGACCGGUGGAUGGAAGAAAGUGCACGGAACAACCGCCGAGAUGCUUCACUGAGAUAUGAGCAAGCAGAUGACAUAAGGGGUGACAAGAUACUUGAAGUAGAUACUUGGAAGCCUAACUUGGGCUCCCAACGUAGACCCCAAACCUUUCAAACGGCACAUCAUGUUCUGACUUCGGAUCGUUACAACCCAACCUUCAUGACAUUUGACUCUCCAUCCAAACAUUCUAUGAAAGAUCCAAACCUGAUUCCAAACCAAGCUUCUAUGGACGUCUUAUCACUGAGCUCUCUGAAAUAUGCUAUAGCAACAGAUGAAGCAGCUUUUAGGAAUAAUGAGAACAGCCCACAAGCAUUUUCUGCCUCCUCUAGACCUGGAAGUAGCGGUAGAAGAGGACAUCACUUCACGCCAGCAAGGAGUGAAUGCUCGUGGGGUUUCAUUAAUGGGUAUGCAGGUUACCCCAACUACAUGGCUAACACGGAAUCAUCCAGAGCUAAGGUCAGGUCACAGAGUGCCCCGAGGCAAAGGCUUGAGUUUGAGAAAUAUGGUUUGACCAAAAAGUCUGUUCAGGAGUUUUGGGAUGCAGGAACUUGUUCAGAUACUAGUUUUGCUCAAGAUUCCGACUGUCGGAAUAAAUCAGUUUUUAGCUCUAGCCGCUUGAACAGACUUGGGAGUGCCAGUCCACGGUGAUGUUCCAUGUUCUAUGUAUUUAUUUCUGUGUAUGGCAGGCGAUGUUUUGAGUUUUAAUUACUUGACCCUGAAUCCUUGAUGUACAAAGCUGUUAGGAAAUCAAAGUUUGGCACCGUGGGUGUCAAAAGUUGAACAUAGUUUCAAAAGUGCGAGUGUCCCUUCAUGGAUUCGAACUCAGUAAAAAUGUAAUUUCGAUUGUGCUUUGUUUACGUAUCAAACUUUGGUUCUAGUAUUCUUUGUACA